AUGGUGACGGCAAACAAGGCGCACACCAGGGGCCGCGGCCGGGCUGCUACUACCGUCGCCGUCAUGAUCCCCCCUGCGGACUCUCUGCUCAAGUAUGACACCCCGGUGUUGGUGAGCCGGAAUACGGAGAAGCGGAGCCCCAAAGCACGGCCACUGAAAGUCAGCCCCCAGCAGCCUGGACCCUCUGGUCCAGUUCCACAGCCACCAAAGACCAAGCUCCCCUCAACUUCUUGUGUCCCAGAUCCUACAAAGCAGGCAGAAGAAAUCUUGAAUGCCAUCCUACCCCCAAGGGAAUGGGUGGAGGACACGCAGCUAUGGAUCCAGCAGGUGUCCAGCACCCCCAGCACUAGGAUGGAUGUGGUGCAUCUCCAGGAGCAGCUGGACCUGAAGCUGCAGCAGCGGCAGGCCAGAGAGACCGGCAUCUGCCCUGUGCGCAGGGAGCUCUACUCGCAGUGUUUCGACGAGCUGAUACGAGAGGUCACCAUCAACUGUGCGGAGAGGGGGUUGCUGUUACUGCGAGUCCGGGAUGAGAUCCGCAUGACUGUCGCCGCCUACCAGACCUUGUACGAGAGCAGCGUGGCCUUCGGCAUGAGGAAGGCACUGCAGGCCGAGCAGGGGAAGUCCGACAUGGAGAGGAAAAUUGCAGAAUUGGAAACAGAAAAGAGAGAUUUGGAGAGGCAAGUGAACGAGCAGAAGGCCAAGUGUGAGGCCACCGAGAAGCGGGAGAUCGAGAGGAGACUGGUGGAGGAGAAGAAGCACAACGAGGAGAUUCAGUUCCUCAAGCGCACGAAUCAGCAGCUGAAGGCCCAACUGGAAGGUAUUAUUGCACCAAAGAAGUGAUCAUUUCCACAUGGGUCUCAGCAAGCACUGCUACCCCAUCCUAAGCCUGUUGUAAUAAAAAAAAGCUAGUUUC